UAAAAAGUUUUGAUCACCACCUUUAUCUCUCUCUCUCUCUCUCUCUAUAAUAUUAAGACACCCAUCUACCCAAAACUUCCCUUCUCUCCUAGCUCCCACCUCUCAUCAUGAAUGAUCCCUACUCCUCCAAUUACUUAACUGGAUGGUUGAACUACAAUUCUCUCCGCCACCACCACCAGUACUUCUCUUCCUCCACAUCUUCUUCCAAUCAAUCUUUUUAUUCUCCUUACAACACAAACUCUUUCAGUACUUGCUUUGAAUCCUCUCCUCCCUCUCCUCCUCUAAGAGAAGCUCUCCCCCUCCUCAGCCUAAGCCCCACAAGGCAUCAUCAUCAUCAAGAAUCCUCCUCCUUUACUACUUCAUCUGCUGCUGAUGAUCAUCAUGACACCCUGGCAGUUUCUCUUCAUCUAGGGUUACCAAGCCCCAGCUCUGCUGAUUUGACCUCACGCCUCUCCUCCACCGCCAUCUCCGAUAAAGAUGACGUCACUCUUGCUUCAAACAGGCUCAACAAGGGACAGUAUUGGAUUCCUACACCGGCUCAGAUUCUGAUUGGUCCAACUCAGUUCUCAUGCCCCCUUUGCUCCAAGACCUUCAAUAGAUACAACAACAUGCAGAUGCAUAUGUGGGGGCAUGGAUCUCAAUAUAGAAAAGGGCCGGAGUCUCUAAGGGGAACACAACCAACAGCCAUGCUUAGGCUGCCAUGCUAUUGUUGUGCAGCAGGGUGCAGGAACAACAUUGACCACCCAAGGUCAAAGCCACUCAAAGACUUCAGAACCCUCCAAACCCAUUACAAGAGAAAGCAUGGGAUCAAGCCUUUCAUGUGUAGAAAAUGUGGCAAGGCCUUUGCAGUGAGAGGUGAUUGGAGAACCCAUGAGAAGAACUGUGGCAAGCUUUGGUAUUGCACUUGUGGUUCUGAUUUCAAACACAAAAGAUCUCUCAAAGAUCAUAUCAAGGCAUUUGGAAAUGGCCAUGCAGCUUAUGGAGUUGACUGUUUUGAAGAGGAAGAUGAUGCAGCCUCUGAAAUUGAGCAAGAUAAUGAAUCCUCUCAGUGAGACAGAUCGAUCGAUGGAACCCAAUAGCUAGCUGAAAAGAUUGUUGAAUUUUAUUCGAUCUCAUAUUUUGAGCUCAUCUAUAUAUAUCAUGAUGGAUGCUUUACACAAUCUAUUUGGCUAAUUAUGCAAGAACAUAUUUUAUAUUAGCAUUA